AGAAAAAAUCCUGGAACUUUACUAGGACACAUCGAAGCAGUAAAAGUACUUCUAUCAACCUUUGGAAUAAACGUCAAUUCAGUCUGUGAACAUGUCGCAUCCGUGUGUAAAAAAUGUACAGAAGACGAUGUUGUUCAGUUUGUGCAAACUAUUCAGAAAAUUCUACAGGACGUUAACAAGAAUGAUGUUAAAACUUUUACCGCAAAAGGAUUUGAAUUAACAUCGUUAAUGAAUGUCGCGGCACAAACCAUUAAAAAGGACUAUUUAGGAGUUUUGCGACUACCAGCGUCGUUUUUGCAAUGGCUUUGGUCAAAUCGUGACUGUCAUGUGUUAUCUGAAAUUAAUUUUGGAUUGUUAGACAGCAACAUUCAAGAAGAUUUUGCGGGAAUUAUAAGACAAUUUGAAACAUCAGAAGCUUAUUUAGAGGGACUUGAAAACCACCUUGACAAUAACUUUAAUAGACAUUUUGAUUCCAAUAUGAUGGAUGGUAUCAACAUCAAUGAAGGAACCACUUUUAUAGGAAAACUACAAAAAAGAAUUGAAGAGGAAAUGCAAAAGAAUGACCAUGAAAGUGUUCCAAGUUUAAUAGAACUCAUUAAACUUUAUAUCUGUAUAACAUUUCUGAGAUCAACGAUUGUGCUGAGAAUGCGUUGCAUUGCGCAUGCUGCGGACUCACAUAUAGCAAGCGGAUUGAAUAACGUCAUCAACAAAGAAGAGGAAGCAGACAGAAAAUUCCUUAAAUCUUUUGAGCAACCAACUUAUAAUACAGCUACAUUCUUUGCGUGUUUCAAUCCAUCGGAGAAUGACCUUAUCGUUUCCUAUGUUAAAAGCAAAGGUGUUAUAUUCCAAUCGCUAAAAGAUGAGUUGCAUGGUAAGCAUUAUUCUCUUCGCGCGGUAAGAUGGCCAAAAUAUUGGGCAGUUAUGUCAAGUAACCCUUGGGGAACAAUUUGGAAAACAAAAAGUCCUAGUGAUAGAGAAAGUCUGUAUUUCGAGUUUGAGUCUAUAUCUGAGGCUGACAAUUACUUUUUGAUAAAAUCCGUGAAAAGAUAUUUUUGGUAUGUCUAUAUGAAACAUGCUGCGUCUUUGAGGGGAUCACCCGAAUUAACAGGGCCCCAACGAGAAUGGAAAAUCAUCAAAUUUGAAGACGGAAGGUACAUGAUGUGUACACGUAAAUGGCCUGGUAAAUUUACCUAUAUGAAAGAUGCCCUAUUAGGCGAGUUGGUGGCUGCGUAUGGGGAUCCAGGAGAUAGUGGACAUUGGAUUUUGGAGAAAUGA